GAUCACACAUCCUUCCCCUUCCUAAUCCGCCGCCUCACCACCCAAUUAUCGCCGGCGUUGCCGUCUCUGGCACACCCCGGCCACCCCAGAGUCUACCGUACAUUUUCCCAUCUGUUAAUGCCAUUCGACACAUAAACCUACCCCAUAACUGUAUGACCACCAAGUGUUCGACAAAUUGACUAGGUGAGAGUACAUUUUGGUGUAUCGCUGCUACUUCACUUGCAUUGCAUAGGUGAAUCGAGCUGCGAAACUUGUCGACUCCUCCUUGGUUGAUUUACUGUGUCGUUGAUCAAAGCCCAUGUUUCUCUUUAUCACCCAUAUAGCUGCUCUCUUCGCUCACUCUGUAUAUUAAACGGGUAUUGAAAAUUAGAGCGCGAUGGCGCUCUUGGUUUUCGUCUAUCGGAAUCUUGCUUCUGGGGAGUUGUUACUGUAGUGGGUUUCAUAGGUGGGUUCCCUGCUGCUUCAUUUGGUGCAGGAAAUUCUGUGUUCUUGUUGCAAGUAGCAGCACUUCUGUAGAGCUCAUUGUAAUUCUAGGAUGUGAAUUGUGAUGAUGUGUGUUUAUUGUUCCUUGUUCAAAGUUUUAGAGAAUCUAUUUUGAAGAGAAAGACAGUAUACAAGACCAAUUAAGCAUUCUCUGACUGAUUUUCUGGUGUGCUUACAGCUGAUUUGAGCAAUUGUGUGGGAAUGAUGAAGCAGAAUGUGUUCGGAACUUUCAUUAGGUUCUUUGCAACCAAACCAAAGCCUAAAAUGAAACCGAUCGAGCUGAAGGACCCACCUGAGCAAACACAGACCAUCACGAGAGCGAUUUUCGACGUUGUGAAAGAACACGGCCCUCUCACUGUUUCAGAAACCUGGGAAAAGAUUCAGGAAGUUGGUUUAAAAGGGUUGACAGGGAAAAGGCACAUGAAGAUAGUCCUGAGAUGGAUGCGGGAGAGGCAAAAGAUUAGGCUCAUAUGCAAUCACGUCGGGCCUCACAAGCAAUUCCUGUACACAACUUGGUUUACGAAAUCCCCCAUAAGGCCUGUCCGUCGGCCACCAACCAAUCCGUCGCAGCCGAAGUUCCCUUGAGAGUUUUCCACAAGCAAUUACAGGGCAUGGAGAUUUUAGGUCAUUGGUCCGUCGUCAAAACUUGUAAUGUCGAACAGUCCAUAUUUGGCUAUUGCCUAGUUGAAUGUUUCUGUAAAAUGCU